AACCCAUCAUUGGCUCAGAUGGAAUAAAAUUUGCCUGUUCUGCUAACCUUUCUGUGAGAUACUUUGAUACAGUUUGGGUUGGAUUUUUUUUUUUCCUUUCUAUCUAAAGAGUGGAACAACAGCAGCCUUUUGUGUGUUCAUUCAUUACCUUUAAUUCACCUGUUUGCAUUGCUUUUCCAAAUCCGUGUUCAUUUACUUUGCUUUAGCUAAAAAUAGAGUCUGCAUUUUUGGUGGAAUAACAACUCGAGGCACUUUGCUUAUGUCACUGGAAUGAGUCUGCCUCUGUCAUAUCCUCCCAGCAGCUUAUAGUGCAUCCUCAGCUUUUUCUCUUUUCACCUCCCACGAGUGAGUUAGUAUGACAUAAAGCCAGCAGGACCAAGGUUUCGCUUAGUGGCAAGUUGUUUUCAGAGCUGCCAAAUGCAUCUGUUCUCCAUUGCAAACUGCAGAAGGGUUAUGAUUCUUAUUUCCAGCCUGCAAAGUGCUCGUGUGCCUGGAUCAGGCCAGGUGGGGACAGCCAUAGCCUCAUCUGCUGCCCUCUUCUUGCCACACCCACUGCAUUGCCCAACGACAGAGCCACUGCUCGCAUUCACACUGGAUUAAACUCCCAUUGUGUAGAAGUAUGUUGAAAGGAAGCUCCCUGCUUGGGACUGAUAGCAAAGGAUCUGCAGGUAGCACAAAUGCCAGUCCUAGCAAGUGGGGAGUGCGCAGGCUGAACUCGAUCAAUGUGCAGGCAUGCAGCCAUUCAGGAUACAGAAGGAAGGGAAAAGCCUCCUGGAAUGCAGCCCAUGAGCAUCAGAACGCAUAAUUAAAGUGUGCAUAACCAGCUUGUGUUUUUUCCCUGAGCUUAUGAAGUGGUUACACUGAAUCCCAUACAUCACCAAAGAGCUUGGUGCAGAGGGAGAACUCAAGCUGACCGGAGUUGCUAGAGCAUCUGUCAUUAGGUUUUGGCUAAAGAAAAGAUUAAGUUGUGAAAAGUUUUUUUUUAUUUUCUGAAGCUCACAGUGGGGAAACUGAAACUUGAAGUGAAGAUAGCAGCUCUCUUGGGGUGAGAGUGAAAAGUUUUGAGGCUGUUGAUCUGCUUUUCCAUUACUGAACUGGACCUUUCUGGUGAUCUGCCUCAGUGCUAUGUAACAACAUUGCAGAGGAAGCAGUCCUGCUUGUUCUGAGCUGCCUGUGACAAAGGAAUUGACAGCUUUUAGGGCUGUGGAGAGUGGCGUUAAGAAACGUGCGUAUCAGGUAUUAAAGACCUACAGGUUCUUAACGUAAAAAGCAUGAUCACUCUCACUGUGUAUCUGCAUGGCUCUCCAGGUGGCCACCCUUGCACAGCUCCAGCUGCGAUCAAAGCCUUUUGCUGGCAGUCACUGAUGGGGAAUAUCACUGUUAUCUCUGUCUGAUCACUUCUCAGUCUCAGCACGGCUGUUCUCACCGUUCCUUUUCUGGAUGAGGAGGAGCUGAAGUGCAGGAGGAACUAGAGCACAGCAGGGACUGGACCCUGGCUCCUGGCACCUGAAGCAACAGGCUGAAUGCUGACCACCUCCCUAGAAGUAAUGUAAGGCUUUAUCACCGAGGGACCAAAGAUCUCAUUUUUCACGAUAUUGUUUGUUUUGCAACCUUCUGGUUUUGCCAUAUAUCAUUGAUCUGCUCUGUCAGAUGCCAGGUCUCUCUAAAACUACAUCUCUGCAUGCACAACAAUGCCCACGGGUAAUAGGAAACUGGGGUUUCAAGAGAAAACCCGAUCCCAGUGCUAGAUAAUAGCAGUUUCCUAAAUAAAUGUGUGGUUGCCCUAAGGGCUGAGCUUGCUGCCAGACGCACCUUUUUUUGAUUGGUGAGAGCAGCAAAUGACGCUUCGUGGCGUAUAAGUGCAAGAGAAAACACAGCAGCACAGAUAAGUGGAGCCAACGAGCACCGGCAAAGGAGAGUUGCAAAGGUGUUAAAGCAGCUGCUUGCCAUGGCAUUUGGAAUGCUCAUCUACAUUUUGCUGAAAGGUGGGUUUGGAGGGGCUUUUCCGUGUCGUGGUAUACUGGGCUAUCCUAAGGAAAAGUUCAGUCUUUCUGAAAUAAGCUGUAGGGGUGGGAACCAUGGCAAUGUGAAGCAGAUUUGUUUCACUACUUUUUGAAACUGGGCAAGGUUUGGAAGGAUGGAAUGGAACCAAGACCUGGCCUAGAGAAAUUUCUUUGUUAAAUAGGUGCAACAUUGUUUGUAGUAUGUUGCAGGUGUCUGUGCCAUAAGUUACAUAGAUAACAGAAUGGAGAACAGAGUGGAUGUGCAUUUAGGGAUUCUGCAAAUGUUUGUUUUCCCUUCAGUCAUAAUAGUAGCUCUGUAACAAAGGGAGGUUUGAGGCAAGAAUUUCGUAUACUGUAUUUCUGCAUUGCAUCAGAAGUGCAUGAAAUGAGUAAAUGUUAUCUGGAUGAAAUGAACCUUGAAUAGCCGUGCUGAGUUUUCUGUUUCAGUCAGCAUCUGUUUGCAUUACACAGCAAUGGGGGCACUGAGUGAGGAGGCGGCUCUCACUGUUUCAUCCCUCAGCACAGAAAUGUGGAAUAGCUGGACGAAAAACAACACUGAAGCAGACUAUGCAGAGCAACCAAGGCUCCUGAAGCUCAUGCAGGCCUGUCUGGAAGAACACCACAGUUAUUGCAUAAAUGGGCUCUGUGCUUUCCACAGCGAACUGAGGAAACCCAUAUGCAAAUGCCUUGCAGGUUACAAUGGAGAGAGGUGUGAACAUUUAACACUGAAUUCCUACGCGCAUAAUUCUUAUGAGCGCUACAUUGCUGUGGGGAUUGGCAUAGGAAUACUCACAAGUGGGAUACUUGCAAUCAUCUACUGCUACGUAAGGAAGAGAUGCAGGAAAUUGAAAUCUCCCUACAAAGUCUGCAUGGGAGAGACAGCGCUGUGAAGCUCUGGCAUCAAAAUGCUUACCAGUGUGUCUGUAAACAAGAGGCAGUUCUGUUUCGAGGGCCACUCCAUGCAGUCUAGCAAUGUCCCAGCCUCGCUGAUGGGAUGAAAUAAAGAGAAUGACAGAGUGAGGGCAUGAAUGGAGCUCCUGCAGAACUGAUGGGCUCCAUUUGCUUCUGAAGAAAGACUUUAUGUUUUUAGACAAGGUUGCUAGAUGAGCGGGUCAAAACAGCGGAGAAUACUUGCAGCCUUCUCAGCGCUCUCCUGUGCUUCAGAUUUGAUGAGGGGAGGAUUGAUUUCUUUCACCUAUUUUCAGUCAUUUCAAGCCCUACUGGAGUAUUCUGCUCUGCUCUUUUCUGUCUUUUUUUUUGUUCCUUCCCCUUUCUGCUCUGGAAGAAAAAGACCACCUGUUUCACAGUGAAACUGUAUUCUGAACAUCACAUGCUGAUGAGAAGCUGUCUGGAUUCUGCUGUUGCAGUGUUGACUGCCUUUCAAAAGGAACUGGACAUCUUUCUGCCAAUGGAUUAUUGAGUGCACUCACGACAAAGAACACAACUCCUCCCAAAGAUCAUAGGGUGGCUCAUUACAUUCCUGAAACUUAAAGCAAACCUUGCCUUGUUGUACUCUGAUUUCAGAGCAAGACUCUGGUUGCUACAGAAGCUGGAAUUAUGUUAUGAAAUUUGCUAGAGCUUUGCCAAGGAAGCAGAACAGCUUUACUCCUUUCUCAUAUUACAUGCAUUAUGUGAUCACUCUAAUAAGAAGGAAAGAAAUGAGCAUAAGGAUUUUGUUCCACUCCAGCCAGACAGGUUAUUUAUUAUCAGAUGCUUGUUUUGCUUCGUCUUUCCUACAAAGAAGUGCAAAGGCAAGAAGAGAAGAUUUUGUUCAUGGAGAAGGGAAGAAAACUGGUUCCAAUGUUGGUGACAUUAACUGUGAUUUCUCACUGACAUUUGAAGCUACCUGCCAAUGCUAAUGGGACUGGAGAUGGUUCCCAGAUACUUUUUUCAUUUCAGCUGUUGCAAACUGUAGACAGUUCUUCCAUGUUUAGUCAUCUACAAGGGAAAGACAGUUAGUACCUUGGCAAUCUUUGUUUUGCGAUUCACCUAAUUUAGGUGAAUUGCUGGGAAGUUUAAUUUCUUUGUUCCAUGAGUUCGUUUUUACCAAAUGAUGAAUAUGAUCCUUUUAUUAAAACAAAAAACAACAACAACAAAGAAAACCUGUGUAUUUAUGAGACUACAGUGGUAGUGCUGAAAUGUAUAUGAAAGACUGGCUUUUGCAAGGGUAAAUGUGCUUAAGCACUUGGCUGGUCUAAAGUUGGUGGCUUUUCACAUGGGGGUUCCUGGUCAGUAGCUGAAUCCUGAACUGAAAUGCCUAUUAAAAAUUGCAUAUCAUCAGGAAAGCACAAGUGAGAUAUCUUCCUCUGAGAAAGUUCUAAUUGCUGGUCAGUCCAAAGGAGGAAAAGCUGCAAAACGUUGUCAUGCAGGUUCAUCUUCUUCUGAAUGUCUCUCCUGCUGUCACAGAGCGAUGGGUUUUUGUGUAUGUGUUUUAACCAUUUGUGAAUUCUCUCAUUGAUGUAUUUGACUAUACAGUAGUGCUUCUUGAAAGAAAUUUACUUGUUGCAGUGAGAUGCUCUGUACCUAGAGAAAGGCAUAGCUACUUCUUCUAUGUUUUGAUAAAUAUUUAAGCCAACUGGAAAGGAAGGUGUGUACUUCAAUUAGGGAGAAAGUUAAACACUGUGCAGUGUUUUCUUCUGGUUGCUUUGUGGACUUAGUCAGCUCUGUAAGGGCAGUCUGUAAAAGCUGGUUGGGGUUUUAAGCUAAUGGAAGAAAAGCUCGAGAGCAGAAUGCCAGAUGGGCCCCUGCUAUGCAAAAUGAGACUUGGUGUAAGUGCAGGGAGAGGAAAACAGAGAGACAAAGGUGGGGAGAAGGAAGGGAAAGGAUAUCUUUGCUUUAUAUUUUUUAUUCUAAAUGGUGCUGAGGCUUCCAGA